AAAAAUUUUAAUGAUACGAUAAACGAAUAAUUGGAGAGUAAAACCAAAGAUGAGCAGGGAGAUGCGCAACCGUACGGCUUUAGGCGAUCAUGGGAAGUACAGAUGGCGUUGACAGAAGUGUUAAAAUAAUGUGACAUAACCUACAUUUAAGGAGCAUAUAACAUAACAUAAUAAAAAUCUGUGCAUUAAACGUAGUGUGAUAUGAAGUAUGAAAAAUGUUCAAAUUUGCAAGAACAUGCAGGAAUUGUAUAUUUCUUCGGAAUACGAUGAAGCAAUUGACAUUUUAUCCAACCCAUUUUUGUAAUUUAUCUUCAAAAAAUACUGACGAAUAUAAACACAUUUUGAUGUCCAGUCUCAAGAUUUCAGAGAAUGUAGCAGCAGAAAUUUUGAGACGACAUAAUCGUCUAUUACUAAUACCCAAAGAUCAGAUUAUUGACUCCUGUGAAGUAUUUAAAGAGGUGAAUGAUAGCGAAGAAUCGUGUUUAAUAAAUGCUGAAGUGUUAAGGGUACAUCCAUCUAUUCUGCGUCAUAGAAUUGUUCUCCUUCAGGAAUUCGGUGUACCUGUUGUACAAGGAGACUUUGUAAGAAACUUUAUUCUGAUGAUGAAAUUUCCAGUCGAUAUAUUUAAAGCAUAUGUCAGAAUCAAUCCAUCUGUGAAUAUUGCGGAAAACUUAUUGAGAACCUUGUUUAAAAACCCACCACAAGAGAUAUAUAUGAAACACACAUCAGAGAUUAUGACUGUAAAGGAAUGCUACAAAGAGUGUUUACGAUAUUACAUGCGUGUUACAUUUCAUAUGUCAGAAGAAGAGUUACAAAAGUCUUUAUCUGCAUAUCCAAGAUUGCAGUUGAAGAGUUUUACUCUGAUGCAACAAACACUCAAAUUCUUACAAGAUGAAGUAGGAUUAUCAUUAUCAAGAUUACGAAAGCACAAUUAUCUUUUGUACAGUAAUGUUGAGAAUGUAAAACGAGGACUGGCAAUGAAAACGUUAGCUGGAUUAGAUAUACGUUCAAUGUAUUUAAAAUGUCCAAAACUUUUAACUAUAAAAGUGGAGAAAAUACUAGAGACAGUGGAAGUAAUAAAAUCUUUCGGAGUCCCGGAUAUAUCUAUACAAAAAUGUCCAGAAAUAUUUACACUGAGUACUGACACGGUGAAGCAGAGACUUAAGGAUGUAUUGGACACUCCACAAUUCAGUAUACUGAUCAACCAUCCUAAAAUAUUACGCUUGGUUCACUAUCGAAACUCAACACAAUUACGUCUCGAGUAUCUUAGAGAAAUAAAUUUGAAGCCUGCUAGUCUUCAAACGCUCCUGAGUAGUAAACAAUAUUUCGAAAAAUUUACAAAGGAAAGAGUGGAUAGUUCAAAGUUUCAAGAUGUAUUGUAUUACUUGGAAGUGAAACUGGCACGGAACAAAAGGGAUUUGAAAGAGAAAUUGUCAAAGCAUCCAAAUUGGCGUUAUAUCCCCGUGGAGUCGGUACAUAAAGUAUACCAGUAUCUUAGCAAGACUUAUACAAAGCAACAAAUUUUCGACAGUCUAUACAUCCUAUUGUACCCAUUAAAAAACAUCCAGGCUGCUAUACUAAAAACACGAGUAUGUAAGGUGUCUGAUGUUGAUUCAUUAUCUCCCAAUGAUGUUUUAAAUUUGGCUAUCUAUUACAUGGAGAAGGAUUAUCACUUCUCUGGAGACGGCGUUUGGACAGAAGAUAUGCCAAACUUUCAGUCACGUGUGUCGAAGAAAUCGUUUUCCUACGAUACACAUACCUCUUUAUCUAUGGAUGGAUUGCCUAUGGAUCCAAAAAGUUUCAAUGAUGACGUUAUUCACGAUUACGUUGAAGUUCCUGAGGUACCAGAAGAAACGAAUUCGAAAAUAAAUUAUAGGUCAUGAGUAUGGGAGCAUAAAAAAUGGUUUCAUAAAUUAAAGUAUGCUUCGAAUGGCUAAACCAUUGGUACUUUUUGUAUAAUACACGAUAGAAUUUUAUCAUUUUAA